CACUGAUCUGGGCUUGGAGCUUUCUGUGGAAGAGAGCGCUUCAUUCUCUCUCUGGGUAUUUGAAGUUGAUUUUCUGUGUAAUAUCAUUAAAAGUGAGUUAAUGUGAAACUUCCUACAGUUAUCAGGUAGUGGAGAUUCUGGACUCGUGAGUUUUUGUGUUUUUUCUUCUUCCAUUGUCCUGAUUCUUUUCACCUUUUAUAAUGAACUCAGAGUCCAGACGGCGCUCUUUAGGAAAAUCUCCACAGACUCCUGCUGCUGCUGCCUCAAAGAUGUACCACUGCUCAGAUUGUGGGAAAAGUUUUAUGAAGAGUCGCCAAUUAAAAUAUCACCAGUGCAUCCAUAUCAGAGAGAAGCUGUAUCACUGUGGACAGUGUGGGAGGAAUUUUACUCAGCAGAGUACUCUCCAACAGCAUGAGCGCAUCCACACCGGAGAGAAGCCAUAUUGCUGUGGACAGUGUGGGAAGAGUUUUACUCAGCGGAGUCAUCUCCAAAAGCAUGAGCGCAUCCACACAGGAGAGAAGCCGCAUCACUGUGGACAGUGUGGAAAGAGUUUUGCUUGUAAGAGUACUCUCCACCAGCAUGAGCGCAUCCACACAGGAGAGAAGCCAUAUCAUUGUGGACGGUGUGGGAGGAGUUUUACUUCUCAGAGUUACCUCCAAAAGCACCAGCGGAUCCACACAGGAGAGAAGUUGGAUCGCUGUGGACAGUGUGGGAAGGGUUUUACUUCUAAGAGUAAUCUCCAACUGCAUGAGCGUAUCCACACAGGAGAGAAGCCAUAUCACUGUGGACAGUGUGGGAAGACUUUUCGUCGUUGGAGUCAUCUCCGCUAUCAUGAGCAUACCCAUACAGGAGAGAAGCCGUAUUGUUGUGGACAGUGUGGUAAGGGUUUUACUUGUCGGAGUAAUCUCCAACGGCAUGAGCGCAUCCACACAGGAGAGAAGCCGUAUCACUGUGGACAGUGUGGGAAGAGUUUUACUCAGCGGAGUAAUCUCCAAAAGCAUGAGCGCAUCCACACAGGAGAGAAGCCACAUCACUGUGGACAGUGUGGGAAGAGUUUUGGUUGUAAGAGUACUCUCCACCAGCAUGAGCUUAUCCACACAGUAGAGAAGCCAUAUCACUGUGGAUAGUGUGGGAGGAGUUUUUGUUGUUGGAGUCAUCUCCGCUAUCAUGAGCGUAUCCAUACAGGAGAGAAGCCGUAUCGUUGUGGACAGUGUGGUAAGGGUUUUAGUUGUCAGAGUAAUCUCCAACAGCAUGAGCGUGUCCACACCGGAGAGAAGCCAUAUUGCUGUGGACAAUGUGGGAAGAGUUUUACUUGUCGGAGUCCUCUCCAACGGCAUGAGCGUAUCCACACAGGAUAGAAGCUGUAUCAUUUGUGGACAGUGGGGGAAGAGUUUUUGUCACCCAAGUGCCUUCCACAGCCAACUGCAGAUUCAUAAAGAACAGAAGCCCUACCAUUGUGGACAAUGUGGAGGGAGCUUUAUUCAUUCAGGAUUGUUUCGGAAACACAAGUGCCCUAACAAUAAAACCAACAGCUCUUGACAUGGAAAUUUGUCAAGUUAAGAUAUCUUUUUUAUAUUCCUUUUUUUAAAAUGGUAAUCUGAAAUUUUAGCUAAAACUCUGCCCACCCAUUAUUGUUUUCAAGAUUCAGUGAUUGUUUUCAUGAAAGACCUUUAAAAAUGUUUUCCCAUGAUGAAUAGAUCAAGAAAUUCGACAAAUACACGGCUGAGACAUGAGUAUUUGAAGUAGUCAGAUUUAACUUUUCUUAAAAAGUCAGAAAUGAAGAAAUCUGCUUGGGUAGUUCACAAACCCAAUUCCAAAAAUUUGGGACAGUGUGUGUAAAACGUAAAUAACAAAAUAUGAUUUUUUGCUAAUCAUGGAAACCCUAUAUUUAAUUGAAAAUAAUACAAAGACACGUUUUAGAAAAGUUGGGAUGAGGCAAGAAAAGACUGAAAAACAUUGUGUAAUGCUUAAAAAAAACCUAAUUCAGUUAACUGGCAAUGGGUCAGUGACAUGGCUGGGUAUAAAAAGAGCAUCACAUACCCCUUUUCCACCAAAUCAGUUCCAGGGCUGGUUCGGGGCCGGUGCUGGUUCACAACUCGUUCAACUUGCGAGCCAGCUGAGAACCAGUUUGCUUUUCCAUAGCUCGCGGUGGUAAGCGGAGCCACGUCAUUACGUCGCUGUAUACAUCAGUUACGGCGCUACGUUUACAUAAACCUUGGCGCGAAUAUCAAAGCAAAAACAACAUGGAAGAAGCAGCAACAAUAAUAAUAAUGGAUGACUUCGCGUUUGUACAGCUGCUGCUUCUCGUCGCUUAAAAAUGGCGAUCUUUCGCGGUCUUAUUGUUGUUGGUCUUAACAACUCCGCCCCCCCGCUGAUGUACAGUUAUGUUCAAUAUAAUAGCAGUCCCUCAACAGUAGCAAGAUAAAUCACUGUUUUUGUUAAAAUUUCAACCUUUACACCGCAAGCAAGUUUCUGGAGGGUAUAGUAAAGGUAUAGAAAACCAACAGACCCAACAGGCCUGCCGUGCAUGCUCCUGAUUCUGUGAAAUUGAAUGAUUAGCUGAAAGGGGUGUGUUCAAAAAAAUAGCAGUGGUGAGUUCAAUUAGGGAGGGCAUUGAUUUUGUGAAAAAAAAGGUGUUAACAGGUGGUCCUUAUUUAAGGAUCAAGGCAACUGACAUUGCAUAUGCUGGCUGUCCUGCAUUGGUCCUGAAAAACCAAGUAAAAUGGGUCGUUCAAGACACUGUUCUGAUGAAGAGCAGCUUUUAAUCAAGAAAUGGAUAAAAGAGGGGAAAACCUACAAAGAAGUGCAGAAACUUAUAGGCUGUUCAGCUAAAAUGAUAUCAAACGCUUUAAAAUGGCAGCCAAAACCAGAAAGACGAGGAAGAAAAAGAAAAACAACUUCUCGAAUGGAUCGGAGAAUAACCAAACUGGCAAAGGCUCAGCCAAUGAUCAGCUCCAGGAGGAUCAAAGAAGAUCUAAACUUGCCUGUGAGUACUGGUACAAUCAGACGACGUCUAUGUGAAGCCAAUCUACCAGCAAGAAGCCCCCGUAAAGUCCCAUUGUUAAAGAAAAGACGUGCUGAAGCGGCUACAAUUUGCCAAAGAACACAUUGACUGGCCUGAAAAGAAAUGGCAUAAUAUUUUGUGGACAGAUGAAAGUAAGAUUGUUCUUUUUGGGUCUAAGGGUCACAGACAGUUUGUCAGACAUCCUGCAAACACAGAAUUCAAGCCACAGUACACAGUGAAGACUGUUAAGCAUGGUGGUGCAAGCAUCACGAUAUGGGGAUGUUUUUCAUACUACGGUGUUGGUCCUAUUUACCGCAUACCAGGGAUCAUGGAUCAGUUUGAGUACAUCAGGAUACUGGAAGAAGUCAUGUUGCCAUAUGCUGAAGAGGAAAUGCCUUUGAAGUGGGUGUUUCAACAAGACAAUAACCCCAAACACACCAGCAAGCGAGCAAAAUCAUGGUUUCAGACAAACAGCAUCCAACUAAUGGAGUGGCCAGCACAAUCCCCGGACCUCAAUCCCAUAGAAAACUUGUGGGCUGACAUAAAAAAUGCUGUUCAUGAGGCAAAAGCAAGAAAUGCAGAGGAAUUGUGGAACGUAGUACAAUUGACCUGAGCCGCAAUACCUGUUGACCGUUGCCAGAAGUCGGUCGACUCCAUGCACCACAGAUACGAAGCAGUUAUCAGAAACCAUGGUUAUGCAACAAAAUAUUAGUUUAGGAUACUCAGCAAAGUUGAAUUUUCAAGAAUUUCUUAGUUUGUAUGGUACAUUUUUGAGUUUCCAAAGAAAGAUGUCAACACUGCUAUUUUUUUGAACAUUACAUUUCUUGACUUUCUGUGAAAUAUUAUGAAAUGUAAUUACUUUUUCCAAUUUUCUUGCUUUGAAAUAGAAUGGGCAGUAUGCCCAAUGCAUUUGUGUUCAUUAAAGUGCAAUUUAUUUGAAGAAUUUUGACAUUUACUCGCCUUUUUAAAGACACUGCUAUUAUUUUGAGCACAACUGUAAGCGAUUCUUUCCUCUGGCCCAGCAGAGAGUUGGUGCUAGCCUGGAACCGGUUUUUCUGGCCCCAGAGCCAGUUCUUUGUCAGUGGAAACAGAAAAUCCGGUUCCAAACUAAGCACUGGCCCCGAACCAGCCCUGGAACUGCUUUGGUGGAAAAGGGGCAACAGAGAGGCGGAGUCUCUCAGAAGUAAAGAUAAGGAGGGGUUCACCAUUCUAUGAAAGACUGUGCGCAAGCAGUGCAAGAAUUUAAGAACAACGUUCCUCAACAUAAAAUUACAAAGGGUUUGGGCAUCAUAUCAUCUAUGGUCCAUAAUAUCAUUAAAAGAGUCAGAGAAUCUGCAGAAAUCUCUAUAUGCAAGACAAGGCUGAAAACUGACAUUGGAUGCCUGUGAUCUUCAGGCCCUCAGGCGACACUGCAUUAAAAGCAGACACGUGUCUACAGUGGAAAUCACUGUAUGGGCUCAGGAACACUUCAGAAAACCAUAAUCUGUGACAACAGUUCAUUACUGCAUCCACAAAUGCAAAUCAAAACCAGUUAUAAACAAUAUCCAGAAACACCGCCACCUUUUCUGGGCCCGAGCUCUUUUACGAUGGACUGAGGCGAAGUGGAAAAUUGGCCCGAGGUCUGAUGAAUCAAAAGUAGAAAUUCUUUUUAAAAAUCAUGGACACCACGUCCUUCAGGCUAAAGAGGAGAGGGACCAUCCGGCUUAUCAGUGCACAGUUCAAAAGCCAGCAUCUGUGAUGGUAUGCGGGUGCGUUAGUGCACAUGACAUGGGUAGCUUAUACAUCUGGGAAGGCAUCAUUUAAUACUGAAUGAUAUCCACACAUUUCAGAGCAAUAUGCUGCCAUCCAGGCAAAACCUUUUUCAGGGAAGGCUUUCCUUCUUUCCGCAAGAUGAUGCCAAACUGCUUUCUGCACAUAUUUAAACCGCAUGGUUCCAUAGUAAGAGAGUCUGGGUGCUAAACUGGCUUGCCUGCAGUCCAGACCUGUCUCCCAUUUAAAACUUUUGGCACAUUAUGAUGUUCAAAAUACAACAAAGGAGACCCCAAAGUGUUGAGCAACUGAAAUUGUAUAUCGGGCAAGAAUGGGACAACAUUUCUCUCUCAAAAACUAUAGCAAUUGGUCUCCUCAGUUCCCAAAUGUUUGCAGAGUAUUGUUAAAAGUAGAGGUGAUGCAACAUCGUGGUAAACAUGUCCCUGUCCCAACUUUUUUGAAACGUGUUGCUGACAUCAAAUUCAAAAUGAGCAUAUAUUUUUCAAAAUAUAAUAAAAUUGCUCAGUUUCAAGAUUUGCUAUUGUCUUUGGACUAUUUUCAGUGAAAUGUAGGGUUUCCAAGAUUUGCAAAUCGUUAUAUUCUGCAUUUUAUUUGCGUUUUGCACGGUGUCUGAAAUUUAUGGAAUUGGGGUUGUACGAUAUAAAGUCCUUAGCAAUGCCCAAUUUAAAAAAGAUAUUAAAAUGGACACAUUCAUGAUUGCUUCACAGAUGUCCACAAUUUUUUCACUGUACGGUACCUUUUCCGAGCAGGUUCGCAUAUGUGCAAAACGUAGAGGGGUGGGGUUUUUGUUUGUUUUAAAGUAUGACUUUUCCCCACUUUUAUCUUCCAUAUAUUUCAAUCUCUCUGCUAUGGCCAUGCCCAUGUCUUCACCUGCAUCUGUGACCUCAACUCUGUCCUUCCUCUCCUUUAUCUCCCUGCAUCUUUUUUUCUUCAUCUUCUACCCCAGCUGGAGGCAUCACAUUUGGUUUAGGGCAUAUUUUGUCCUUGUAGGGCUCAGGAGCAAAGGCUCGGAUGUGUUUGUCGAGGUACUGUUGCCUAGCUAACAGAAGUCCAGGUAACGGAAAUGUGACUGGAUGACCACCUAAAUCAUUUCUUUGGGUAUUGUAAGACAUGGUGUUUUUGUCCAGCGAGCCCUCUGCCUUUCAAAGAGAGAGAGAACUCGUCGCAGAGGCAGAAAGAGCAAGCGGAAGCCUGAGAGACAGAAGAGGAAGUACUGCCAUAAGAUUACUCUUUUGAAGGCAGAGGUAGCCCAGCUGAAAGGAAGCCUCCAAAAGGAGUGGCUAUGGCAGCAGUUCAAUCGUAUAUUGGAGUCACUGCAAGAAAUCUGAUUGCAUGGGACUGAGAGCAGAUCUACACAAAGAAUCUAUGAGGAAGUGUACAUUUGUAUUUUGUGGUGAUUUUAUGCAGAUGUAAUCACACACACCUUGAUGUAAUCAU